AUGGCUGUGGACACGCGGCUGUGGAGACGCGGCUGUGGAGACGCGGCUGUGGAGACGCGGCUGUGGACACGCGGCUGUGGAGACGCGGCUGUGGACACGCGGCUGUGGAGACGCGGCUGUGGACACGCGGCUGUGGAGACGCGGCUGUGGACACGCGGCUGUGGAGACGCGGCUGUGGACACGCGGCUGUGGACACGCGGCUGUGGAGACACGGCUGUGGAGACACGGCUGUGGUGGGCUGUUCUCUUCAGCUGGCAUCCAAAACCCACCACUUCUCUCUUGUGUUUCCAAACAGUGUGUAUCUGA